UUAUUAUAUUUAUUUAUUUAAUAGAAUAAGUUUCUUUAAAAAAAAAACUUAAAAGACAAAAAAAAAAGAAAAGAAAACCCUACUCGGACCAAAUCUAGGGUAUACCCUUGACCGGAUCUAGACACAUAAGCUAUUCAGGUUCAGCUUCAGUUUCGAGUAGAUAUGGAAGUGGUUGCCGCUAGGUCAAUGGAGGAGACGCAGAGACAGCAGACAUGGGCUUGUUCUGCCACUGAGACGCUUCUCAUCCUCCUUGGAAGGAACCUGGCUUGUCUGCUCCUCGCGGCGGAAUCUUUGCUGAUUGGGUUGAUUGCUGAAGAUCAGAGGCUUUCUGUGAAGAAGGGUUACAAAAAAGGACGCCCUGAUGAGGAAAACAAAGAUGGCAGCGACUCUGAUGAUAACGAUGACGACGAUGAUGAAGACGCUGACGCUGAUGAUGAUGACGACGAAGAUGACGCUAAUGAUGAAAAUUUCUCCGGGGAUGAAGGGGAGGAGGAAGCUGAUCCUGAGGACGAUCCAGCGCCCAAUGGUGGAGCAGGAAGCGAUGAUGAUGACGAUGAUGAUGGUGAUGAUGAGAGCGACAGUGAUGAUGAUGAUGACGACGAGGAUGAGGAGGACGAAGAUGAUGAGGAGGAGGAAGAUGACGAAGAUGUUCGCCAGCCACCUGCUAAGAAGAGGAAAUGAAACAUGGGAUUAAGUGGGGGAGUGUUUAUGUGUGGGUGGUUAAAGACUUGAAGAGGAUCUCGUAUGUGUUAUGGUUUUAAGUAGUUCAGUGAAAACCUCCUCUUUAUUCAGUUUCAUCUUGUUGUGUUACUACCAUUUGUUUGUUAUCUCAGACUUUUCGACCUUGGAUUUUAGUUUAUGUUUCCUUUUUAGAA